GGGCGGGGCCUGAGCUGGGAAGGAGUUUAAUGUUUACGGUGGAAGUGGUUCUUGUCGCCUCAUCUUCCUCUGUCUCCGGCCUCGCAUGACUUCCCCUGACACUAACGUCCCGGUCACGCUGCUCGCCCCUUCUCCGGCGAGUCUCAAGCGGAAGCGAGAAGCUGCCAAGGAAUUGAUUGAAAGAUAUUACCUUCAAUUAACACAAGGCUGUGGAAAUGAGUUCUGUGCCAAUGAGAAUUGUGCUUCCUGCCCAGGUUUUAAGCAGUUGGACAAUAAUCAAGCUGCAGCCAGAGCUCUGGAAUUAUAUCGCACCAGGGCAAAGCUGUGCACAGCUUGGCCCACUAAGAAGCCAAGAUCUUUGCUUUCACAAAAAGUUUCACCUGACAAAUUCAAGCAUAAAAACAGCAAGGCUGUUAGAAGUGACUUGGAUGUGAUCUGUAGUAAGAAACAGCACAAGAACAACUUUCAAAGUAUAACCUACCUUACUGAAGAAAAAGUGGACGAAAUUCUCAGUGUAUGCAACGAAACUGGAGACUUCUCACCACUGGUCCAUGUUAUAGGCCGAAUAUUCUCCCAUUCAGAAACACUAGUUAAGAGUUUUAGGAAACCUGAGAUAAAGAGAAAUUGCUUGAGUUGUCUACCAGGAAAUACACCGGAUAAUUUGGAAAAAAGUGCUGGAAUGCAAACAAUAAUGGAAUGUGAUCAUUCAGCACCUUGUUGCUCGCAACAGAAACUUUGUGAUUGUGUUGGGCAGUCAUUUAACCUUGAAGAAUUAACUGUUGAUGUGAAAUCUGUUCGAAGGGUCUACAAAAAAUUACUGUCACAUAACCGGAUAGAAACUGCACUGAUUAAUGCUUUGAUGUAUUUAUCACCAGAUGUGGAAUGUGAAUUAAGUUAUCAUAAUGCAUAUACUAAGGAUUCAAACUACCUAAACCUGUUCAUAAUUGUUAUGGAAAAUCACAACCUACAUAGCCCUGAGUAUCUGGAAGGAGCCUUACCAAUGUUCUGUAAAGCAAUGUGCAAGCUUCCUUUGUCAGCACAAGCCAAAUUGAUACAUCUGUGGUCAACAUACACUUCUAGUGAUAUCCGCAGAAUGGUUGAGGUCUUUCAGCAGCUUAUCACAUUCAAGGUUAUAAGCAAUGAUUACAGUUGUCGAAAUUUGGUAAAUGAAGAUGACACGGCAGUUGCAGCAGCCAAAUGUCUAAAACUGGUGUACUAUGCAAAUUUGCUGGGUGGCCUGUUAACCACUGAGAAUGAAGAUGAAGAAUUGCCUCAAGAUAACAUUGAGGCAAAUUUGCAUCAGAGCAUUUUGAUCGAGGACACCCGUUACAAGAAGGGUCCCCGGGUGGACCCUUUGGAAAAAGAACUUAAUUUUAAGGCUAUUGACUGCUGUCGACCAGUGAUAUCUUAUGAUGAAUUUGUUAACGAGUCAUUAAACAAUAUUCUUGCAAUGGAUAAAGACUACAUAUUUUUUAAAGUAGACAGUGAAAAGAAGUUUUCUUUCUUGACAUGUCCAUUCCUCCUCACCCCUUAUACAAAAAGCCAAGGCCUCUAUUAUGACAACAGAAUACGAAUGUUUAGUGAACGACGUAUAACUGUGCUACACAAUUUGGUACAAGGACAACAGGUUCAGCCUUAUUUGCGACUUAAAGUACGGCGUGAUCAUAUAAUUGAUGAUGCUCUUGUACGGCUGGAAAUGAUUGCAACAGAAAAUCCUUCGGAUUUGAAAAAGCAACUUUAUGUGGAGUUUGAGGGGGAACAAGGAGUGGAUGAAGGUGGAGUUUCCAAGGAGUUCUUUCAGCUGGUGGUUGAGGAAAUUUUUAACCCAGAUAUAGGAAUGUUUGCUUACGAUAACCAAACAAAACUAUUUUGGUUCAAUCCUACCUCUUUUGAGAAUGAUGGACAAUUCACACUAAUUGGGAUAGUGCUUGGUCUGGCCAUCUACAAUCACUGCAUCCUUGAUGUCCAUUUUCCAAUGGUGGUUUACAGGAAGUUGAUGGGCAAGAAAGGAACUUUAGAAGAUCUGGCUGACUCACAUCCAAUACUAUAUCGAAGUUUGAAAGACAUUCUGGAAUAUGAAGGGAAUUUAGAAGAAGAUAUGAUGAUCACCUUUCAAAUAUCAUACAGUGACCUUUUUGGGGUGCCAGUUAUCCACAAUCUGAAAGAAAACAGUGCUGACAUUCCAGUCACAAACCAAAAUAAAAAGGAAUUUGUCCAACUAUAUACCAACUAUAUAUUGAACCAAUCGGUGGAAAAGCAAUUCCAAGCAUUCAGUCGAGGUUUCCAAAUGGUCAUAAAUGAAUCUCCCUUAAGAUACCUUUUCAGGCCAGAAGAAAUUGAACAGCUGAUCUGUGGCAGCAGAAAUCUGGAUUUUCACGCACUUGAAGAGGCAACAGAGUAUGAUGGAGGAUUCACAAAAGAAUCUAGGAUAGUAAGAGAUUUCUGGGGGAUAACUCACAGUCUCCCAGAAGAACAGAAGCGUCAGUUUCUGCAGUUCACUACAGGUUCUGACCGGGCUCCUGUUGGUGGUCUUGGCAAAAUUAAAUUGAUCAUAACCAAGAAUGGACCAGAUUCAGACAGGCUACCAACAACGCACACGUGCUUCAAUGUACUCCUGCUGCCAGACUACUCGAGCAAAGACAAGCUCAAGGAAAGGCUCCUUAAAGCAAUCACAUACUCAAAGGGCUUUGGUAUGCUGUAAUUAACUUGUGGCAAUGCAAGCAACCUCAUAAGCCUAAUUCAAAGGAAGAUGCAAAAUCCCCUACUAAGAUAUAGACUAGCCAGUUAUGUGUUCAUAAAGAAGUCACAUUAUAAUAUUAAACGUUAUAAACUGGCUCCCUGCACAUCAACAAAAAUGACAGGGGAGAGCCCAUCUCCCCUGAGCAUCUCACCCAAUUUAAUGCUACAGGUAAUGGCCCUUUCAUUAGUAUGGGACAGGACUUCUACCUGUCAUCAGCAGAACUUCCCACCUUAUUGCGCUGUCAGUCGAUCAGUGACUGGCAGCUGUGAAUGCUGGUAAUGCCAGCUGGAGCAGUUGUCACUGCAGUUUAUAAAAAGAGGGAAUGUUGUAAAAUCUUUUUAUCAUCCUUCUGGCACCUUCAUUUUUAUCCUAACCCUCAAAAGAAGGAUAUGAUGAGGUAAGGCUGUUUAGCAUUUCAUGUGGGUGAAAAUAUUGGCGUAAUGUUUUUUCCAGUUUAAUGAAGAAUAAUGAAGUCAUUAAUGAAAGUGUGUUUUUAAAACCAAACCACUGCCAGUCUUCCUGAAGCUCAAGGUUUUUCCUAUCUAUUUUUCUUUGAUAUAUCGAGGGAUGGUUGUCACUAUCUUGUAUAUUUUUAUGCUUGAUUUUUCCCAAAGGGGAUAUGCAUUCUCACAAAUAUUAAGCCACUUUAAUUUAGGAGGCCUGUACUGUAUGUAACUAAUCUUGUUUCAUAGUGAAUACUAUGGUGUGUUGUAUGUGACUUAAAAUAAAUUAUUUGAACUUUUUGAUCCUUGCCCAUUAAUAAAAUGAGAAUCAUGUCUCUUGAUACAUAGUUGUAUUUAAUGUAUAAAUAAAAUUGAGAAUAGGAUGUGUAGUGAUUGUGUAGACAGUACUUGAUUAGGGUGUUUAAAAUUGAGUUUUGAUCUGUAAUGUUUGAAUUAAAAUGCUGUCAUGUAGCA